AUGGAGGAUCAGACCGGCUGUUCGCGUGGCGAUGUGUCAUCAUCGCACUAUAUGAUAGUUCUAUUGGACUUCACUACUUCGAAUUUAUUUUUAUUGCGAAUUAAUGGCGUAGCCAGCACCAUGUCGACCCUAACGAAAAUGACCCGCACGGUUAAAAAACUGGAGGUGCCCAGACCUUUGAAAUCGACGACCAGUUCUGCUCACAACCGCAACUCUGUAUUGGACGUCAAAAUAAACUCUGUUGAUGACCUCAUAGUGUUAACAGAAGCAGUGGCGUAUCAAAUGAUGCAGGGUAAUUAUGACCGUGCACUCCAAAGUAAUGUGGCCACCAUGUACUCUAAUCUGAAGCUGUAUGGCGCCCAGCUCGAAGCACUUUACAAGGACUUUCUCGAUAGAUAUUUUGUUGUGUUCCGUAAUGGUUCACAGGAUGAGCGAUUGGAUAAGAAAACUAGACUUCAUCUUCUUGAGCUUAUUGAGCUGCGCGCCAAACUGUGGCAGGGCUCUGACUACAUGAGUCAAUAUUAUAGACAUCGUGGCACACAUGCUGAGCCACUUUUGGUGCCGACGAUGGAGGGGUCAGGCUCGGGUGGCUCGGUGUCUCCGACGCUGGCUGCGCCCGCCGAGCAGCCUUCACUGCUCGGUCCCGGCGAAAUCAUCAAGCCCUCGGGAAAGUUUCCUAAGCCCACCAAGAUACCUGGCAAAAACUAUUCCAAGGAUGAAGUAGUCAUCAGGAAUGCUGACUCCGGGAAAGUGAUGGGUAUCAAGGGCAGGAGGGUGCACAUGAUCGAGGAGCUAAGUGACACGAUUAUAUCGUUUCAGCGAGUGAGUCCCGGGGCAAAGGAGCGUCUAGUGCAGAUUACUGGACCAAAUGAGGAAAAUGUAAACCACGCUAAGCACCUAAUCGGUGACACGAUCCGGCGCAAUGCAUCGCCGGUGCGGCUGGAGUCCGCGCUCGAGAGCGGCGCUCUGGCUGGCUCGCGCGCCUCGCUCGACUCUAACGGCUCGGACGACGCGCCGCGUCCUCGGGAGAAAUCUCCUCACAAUUCUCGAGCUCUGCUCCAUAGCUUCUCUACAAAUGACGCCGCACUAGGAGAGUAUAAGUACACUGUGACUUUUGGGCAACAUUCCAUUAAGAUCACGGGCAAUAAUUUGGAUCUUGUAAAGACUGCGAAGUUAGUAUUAGACGAGUACUUCGAGAGCGCGGGCGCUCUGGAGGCGAUGGGCGCGGGGUCGGGCGACUUCUUCACGCUGUCGCAGCGCCCCGCCGCCGCGCUGCUGCUGCGGGACGACGCCGCGCUCAACGGCGCCGACGACGACGUGUUCGCGCCGCCGCCCGACAACGGUGGCACGAGCGGGUCGCGGCAGACGUACACGUACGAGACGCUGGUGCAGUACGCGGACUCGCCGCUGAGCAAGCUGCCGCCCAGCGGGCUCGGCGCCUUCCCCCCGGAGCUGGCGCGCAAGACUUGCCUGGAGUUCGACAGCGCCAGCUACCUGAAGAAGGUUCGUGCGGCGGGCGGCACCACCGUGGUCGCCGUAGACGCGCCGGACUCACCCGAACCCGAGUAA